AGAGCCGUUAGGAAUUGCGCGUUCACUGGAACAUUCCCAAUGCGUCCCAUAUCAACCUCCAUCCCCUCCUGCACACUCCGUGGUACUUCCACUGUUACUUGCUCUCUGUCACUGUUCACACUUUAUGCAUUCCAUCUGUGACAGGCGAUAUUCUGAUAACUUCCGUUUUCUGCUAUCUUGUGACUUCUCUAUCUGCUCUAACUGAAGUUUGUGAUUUGUAUGUUGCUGAAAGUUGAGUCUUUGUUGAGUAAUAUCGAGUUUGUUUUUAGCUUUGUGGGUUGCGGUGAGAUUUGGGAGGUCGGUAAUUUGUUGGUAAAGUUCGACCGUCAAGAUGCAGUCUAUGGCAAAGUCCUUCCAGACCCCGACGAAGACGAACAGCGUGAGCUGUGGUAAGUGGGACAGUGUAUCUCUGAGGGAGAAUGUCAGCCCCGUGCAGCUUAAGAAGAAGACCCCGAAGGCCAAGACUCCUGGGAGAGCGACCGAUCGGUUCAUCACCGACCGAAGCGCAAUGGACUUCAAUGUUGCUAAUCUAAUGCUGACGAAGGAGAAUUCUUCCAUGGACGUAAUCUCUCCCUCCCGGGAUGAGUACAAGAAACAGUUGGCCGAGAGUCUUUUGAAUAACAAUGGCCAGAAACAGAGCCGCAUCUUGGCAUUCAAGAGCAAGCCUCCUCCUCCCCCCGAAGGACUCCUGAACAACAAUCGAACGCUGUACUCUCAGAACGUGGGUGCAGCUCAGUUCAAACCUAAAAAGAUGUUUCGCCACAUUCCUCAAGCUCCUGAGAGGACCCUAGAUGCCCCUGACAUGGUUGAUGACUACUAUCUUAACCUAAUGGAUUGGAGCUCUUCUAAUGUUUUGGCUAUCGCAUUGGGAAUGACUGUUUACUUGUGGGAUGCUACCACUAGCUCCAUAGAGGAGCUGGUGACAGUGGACGAGGAAGGUCCAAUCACCAGUGUUUCUUGGGCACCUGAUGGUCAGUACUUGGCUGUGGGACUGAACAACUCUACUGUCCAGCUGUGGGACUCAACUUCACUGCGCCAGCUGAGGACCUUAAGGGGUCACUCUGCCCGAGUGGGAGCUCUGGCCUGGAACGGCCCAACCCUUGCCACAGGUGGGCGUGAUAACGCUAUCUUGAAUCAUGACGUGAGAAUCAGAGACCACGUCAUCGGGAGCAUGGAAGCUCACGAGCAGGAGGUGUGCGGAUUAAAGUGGUCUCCAUCUGGGCAACAGUUAGCCAGCGGUGGUAAUGACAACAUAUUGCACAUAUGGGAUGCAUCAGCUGCCUCUUCUGCCUCUGCUAGCCCACUCCACAGCCUUGACGAGCAUCAGGCUGCUGUCAAAGCUUUGGCUUGGUGUCCGUUUCAAAGCAACCUGCUGGCCUCAGGAGGUGGAACCGCGGAUCGAUGCAUCAAGUUCUGGAACACGCAUACUGGAGCGUGUGUGAACAGCAUUGAUACUCAUUCCCAGGUGUGUGCUCUUCAGUGGAGUAAACACGAGAAGGAGAUUCUGAGCUCUCACGGGUUCAGCCAGAACCAGUUGUGCCUGUGGAAGUAUCCGUCCAUGGUGAAGAUGACUGAACUCUCAGGGCACACAUCCAGGGUGCUACACUUGGCUCAGAGUCCUGAUGGAUACACUGUGGCAUCUGCUGCCGGCGACGAGACAUUGAGAUUUUGGAACGUAUUUGGAACUCCGGAGACCAAAGAAGUGAACAUCUCACACCGAACGAAGAAAGUUGGGAGUGCGCUAACAUCCCUAACGAGAAUUCGUUAAGCAGUCCAAAUUCAAGUUUCGGCUAGAUGAGGUAAGGAACUUGAUCUCUGGAUCUAAUUUGUAAAUGCUGUUUUAAGUAUGUGUGAACAUAAUCCUUCGAUGCUUAGUCCAUUGUUGAACCAGGACAAGUACAAACUCUAUUGUAGUGUGUGCGUGCCGGUGCUGCUAGUGUUGCUCAUAAUUAGUGUGGAAAUGAUUUAGUUUUUGCUACAUGACUGUUAGAGAUGAACCUGCUAUCUGUUAUAUAUGCCCGAUUGACCCGCAAUGGGUAUCCUCUAUGGCGUUCAUAAGCGCCAACAUAUAUCUGGAAGUAUUUAUCUAUUUUCAGAAUCCGAAGAUUACGGUCAAUGUCAACCCAAGGGUACAAGUGACAUCGUUUGGGUCAGGCCUUCCUCGAAAGCAAUUUUCAUGCCACUUCAAUCAGAUCUGCACGAUCCCAUGCCUUAGAAACUGAAUAGAAACCUUAACUUGUGGAUGUUUCUCCACUGCAGUUUUGACAUGUACCCAUAAACAAUUUAAAAUUUACUG